UGAGCCCCAGAAGGAGGGAGGGGCCCGCGCAGAACCACGUGAUUGCUCUGUUUUGCCUUUUGGCUCUCGGGUCUCUUCCUGUUGGUGCCUCUGUGCCUCCCUCCCCAGGUUCUCUGUCUGCCUCAUACUCUUAUCUUUUCCCUUCUCUGUGGCCGGCGCCCCCCACUACGGCCUCGCCCCCGCAUCCGGGCCCCUUCGCGAUUCCGGAGGAAUCCCCCAGAGCCGCCUGACCCCCCCCCCGGCUCCGCCCCUUCCCCCCCCCCUCCCCCCGUCGCAGUGCCCUGCUCCCAUUGGCCUCUUCGUACAUUGCCCGCCCUGUCAUUGGCUAAUCCGAAGCUCUCGGCCCGCCCCCCAUGCCUGGCAACUCUCCGGUCCCGUCCGUGCGGGCGGGGCGAGUGGAGGGCGUGGUCUGCCGAGGGGCGAGGCAAAUGGAGGGCGGGGCCGCACUGCCGCCCCGCCCCGGCCCCGGCCCCGCUCAGGCGCUGCUCCCACCGCCGCGGCAACUGCCCCAACCCACGGAGGCGGCUGGACUGACCCCCGACGGUUGGACGCACGGACGCUGCUCCGAGAGCAGGCCAUGGACACCUUCAGCACCAAGAGUCUGGCUCUGCAGGCGCAGAAGAAGCUCCUGAGUAAGAUGGCGUCUAAGGCAGUGGUGGCCGUGCUGGUGGAUGACACCAGCAGCGAGGUGCUGGACGAGCUGUACCGCGCCACCAGGGAGUUCACGCGCAGCCGCAAGGAGGCCCAGAAGAUGCUCAAGAACCUGGUGAAGGUGGCCCUGAAGCUGGGGCUGCUGCUGCGCGGGGACCAGCUGGGCGGGGAGGAGCUGGCGCUGCUGCGGCGCUUCCGCCACCGGGCGCGCUGCCUGGCCAUGACGGCCGUCAGCUUCCAGCAGGUGGACUUCACCUUCGACCGGCGCGUGCUGGCCGCCGGGCUGCUCGAGUGCCGCGACCUGCUGCACCAGGCCGUGGGCCCCCACCUGACCGCCAAGUCCCACGGCCGCAUCAACCACGUGUUUGGCCACCUGGCCGACUGCGACUUCCUGGCCGCGCUGUACGGCCCCGCCGAACCCUACCGCUCCCACCUGCGCAGGAUCUGCGAGGGCCUGGGCCGGAUGCUGGACGAGGGCAGCCUCUGAGCCCCGGGCCGCCCGGCCGCGCCCCUCGCGCCUUCUGGGGCUCUUCUGCUGGGCGCGGUGGGGUUUGUGGGUUUUUUUCCACCUCUUUUCUCCCAAUCGGACUCCGGCCGAACUCCCCCAGACAGGUGGGUGACCUGGCCCCUUUGAGAGGACGCUGAGCCAUCUGUAGCAGCUGUUUCAGACACCGAUGUCACCUCUUCUCCUGGCCCCCGCCCAAUAGGGAGAGGAAUUUGGGGCCAUACUCUGGGGACCACCUUCCACCCGUUUGUACUUCCUGGGCCACACCGACCCCUGGGUCGCUUGACGUAAAAGUCAAAAGCUGCUGCUUCCCACUUGGUGACGUCACCUGGGAUUUUCAUCCCCGCACACGAGGACUAGGGGUUCACAUGGUGAACUGGGGAAAGGGGAGUGUUAGGGGGGUGUUAGGGGGCAAAUCGCGGCACCCCCGCCCCAUCCAUAAAUUCACAUCCUAACCCCCAGGACCAGAAGAUGAUCUGAUUUGGAAAUAGGAUCAUUACAAAUGGGAUUAGUUCA